CCAGUGAAACCGGAAGUGUCAACCGAGGGACUGCGAAGUAGCUAUCACAUCUGGACUUUAUAUUCCAUGAUGAAGUGCUAGCUGAAGAAGAGAAACAGUCGUGUAACAUCGUCAGAGAGCAAACUGCGAACAUGACAAAUGUGUACUCUCUCGACGGCAUCUUGGUGUUCGGGCUGCUGCUCAUCUGCACCUGUGCCUACCUCAAGAAGGUGCCGCGCAUCAACAGCUGGCUGCUGUCAGAGAAGAAGGGAGUGUGGGGCGUCUUCUACAAAGCUGCAGUGAUCGGGACGCGGCUCCACAUUGCGGUGGCGGUUUCCUGUCUGGCCAUGGCUUUCUAUCUUGUCUUUUUGAAAUGAUAGAGGCCGACCGGAGUGGAAAAGACUAGACGGUUGCAGGAUGGGGCAGCUCAUCUCAGUGGUCACGAGCUGAUCCGCGAACACUUUAAGGAUUAUGUGACUGAUGAAACCCCAUUGCCCUGUGGACCCAUGUAAAAAAGAUAGCCAGUGGCGCCCCCUUCUGGUGACUGGGUACAUAACUCCUCCUUUAAUAAUGUGUGUGCACUAGAGACAUGAAGGGCAUCUGGAAUCUACGCCACAGUUAUUGUAAAGAAGAGAGCCUGUUUGGUCACAUGAUAUCAUUCUGUUGUUGGGUAACACUGUUUCUUGUCUUCAUACACACCCUGUAAUUAUUUAUACUGAAGGAUGCAGUGUAUGCAUUGUGUCGUAUACCUGUGCAUACCCUACAAUAAGCUUGGCCUGUAUAUAUUUGAAGGAAACAUGACCAAUGACCAGAGGUUUGCCAUACACAGGAUCUGAUCAAACUGGAAGUGGGCGUUUCUGCUCCGAGCUGUGUUUUAGUCUGUAUCACUUCUUCUGUCGAAGGUGGAGGGAAAGAUAAACAAAGCUAAUAUAUAAAGAUGUUCUUGUAAACACUAUAUUUCACUGUUAUCAGAUCUCUUAACCUUCCUCAACAGUGCUAUUUGGCGUCUCUAAACUUUUUUAGGUUUGAUAUACACAGUACGCUGUAUUAACUUUGACAACUUAUACUAGAUAUGUCUUGAAUGUCAUAAAUAAAGUCACAAGAGUAAAAGUUCUGUCACAGAGAGACAAGUAGUGACUGUAAAAGAGGCAUAACUCAACAUUUUUAAAAUUGGAUAGCUGCAUCAGACUCGCCUGAAGAUUGAAAUGCAAUGCCAAACAGGGAUGGUGCUUCUCAUUCCAUCUAUUGCUGUUACUCUGAGUUUAAUUCUGCUACAUUAUUUUUUAUUACUAAUGAUUUUUUUGAUUUGGAGAGGGGGGGUGCAAUGCAAUUUUGAGUAAAACCUUGAUCAGACCA